UUUGCUGCUGUCCUGGUCUUUUCCAGAUAAGGGUGAAGGGUGCAGUUGCUCGCAAACGGUGGUGGCCUCUUUGGGGUUCCCCUACUCGCAGGAACGGGGCAGUUCUUGGGGAGGUUUUUCUUUUUGUCUGGCUACUAUGGCAACCAGGGUUAAGCCUCCAAAAUCAACAGUUGAAGAUGAGCCUGGAGUAAAUUUCUCCUGUGUGACUCAAUCAUAAAUAUAAGUGUAAAGAUGAAAAAAGUCUAAGUUUGGACACUGGAUAUCAAGGGUGAAAGAAAAAGACAGAAUAUGCAGUUGAAAGCCUUGAAAUGGCAAUAAGGCACAAGAAAGGACUGAAAGGCUCCAUUGAUGAUGUCCUUAGUGAUCUUCUUGGUGAUGACGAUGACACUCCCAAAUUUCCCAUUAAAUCUAAUAAACCUGCCUCAUUUGGCAGCAGUGGAGGGAGACCCAGAGGAGUUGCCUCAGAGGUCAACAAAAAGGACCCUCUGGACGAUGACUUCUUUAGCAAAAUGGCUCAUGAGAAAGAGACAGAAGCAGAGGAUCCUGAUAUCUCAGAUGUAGACCCAGAAGCUCUUCUAGAGACCUUAAAGGAUAUGGAUGACAUGGAAGCUGAUCUUUUGGGUAUUAAAAAGACAAACUCUCAGAAACCUGUGAAAGAUGUGGAGAAAUCUCAGCAUUUAUCUCAGCCAACAAAGUCAGGGAAGAAAGCAGCAGCUGACGAGAAGGGAGAUUCUAUAAGUGGAAUGGAUAAGAAAACAAGUUCUGCUCCUGCCACAUCCAAACAGCUGAUGCAGAAGUUGAGCUUUGAAGAUGUGGAUGACCCUUUGGCAGGACUUUUGUCUGAUGAGGAAGACGACAUGGUGAAGAAGGUAUAUUCCUCUGCUACCAAGAGUACUCCAGAAACUAAUGCUGGAAUGUCUAAAGAGAAAGGAACAUCUCUGCCUUCUACACCUGGUCAGGCCACUCAACGGAAGAGGGAAGAGCUGGUGUUCGAGGGGGAUGGGAAUGAUCUCAUGGAUGCUCUGGGGUUUGGUGACAGCUCCCGGACAGAGCUGAAAGCUGGCAGAAAGGGUGAUGUUGGGGAGCCUCGUCCUGCUCGAUCCAUGCUGGAUGAAUUGUUGGGACGAGGAACAGAUACAAAGCGGCUAGAACGACAAAACACAGGAGAAGCUAAGGAGUUCAAACUGGACAAGAAAUACAAAAAGCAAGCAGAUAAGGAAGAUAACUGGGGAGAUGAGUUCACUUUUGGCGCCUAUCAACCCACUGUGGCCCUUGCUCCUGAGGGACAGCAAUCAAGACGCCAGUCUGUCAGGUUUUCCUCUGAGAACCUCAGUGAGUUGAAAACAGACCAGAGAUCCAAGCCUUCCACCUCAGUAUCUGCCAGCCCCAUCCGCAGCAAGGGUGGAGCUGAUUGGCUGGGACUGAAAGAUGAAGAUUUUGACUCGCCACCUUCUCCACCGCCAAAGGCAUUUAGCAAGGGCGGCGUAAGAGGGACUGCUGUGGGUAUAUCUUCUAGUCCUUCUGAUGAUGAGCAUCCCCUUCCGACAAGAUCCAAGCCAUCAGCUGAAGAAGGAACACAGAAGCCUGAACCUGUGAAAGAUGACAGUGACAGCUGGCUGAGUCAUGUCUUAUCUCAAAAGAAAUCUCAAGCACAGGAGAAGGUGGAGGAGAAGAGAGAGAAGAGAGCUGAACCCUCAGACCCUGUGCGAUUCAGAGAGGAGGUGGCUUCUGUCCCAGUUUCCAGCCAUCCUGCUACGUCCACACAAAAGCAACAGCAGUCAGGUGUCCUUACAAAUAGGGUUCCCACCCUGGAAGAAUCUGGGCCUUCUAUGACAUUGCUAAAUGUUCAGGAACAAGCUGCUCCUGUCGUUUUAUCCAGUGCUACGAAAAGAACUCCCUUUGCAGAUAUCGUCAAGGCAGCACCUGCAGCCUCUCUGCAAGGAGUUCAAGAAGGCCUUCAGGUUCCAACACUCACUCAGCUUCUGCACUCAGAACCCCUUGUGCUGAGUUCAACCACAAGCGGUGAGAAUGAGAAAAAAAUGGCCAGUAUGCAGGCACAGUUUCAGGAGAGUGUUGCAAGCUACCAGUCAGAACUCUUGAGUGCCCAGACUCGCCUUGUGGAAUUGGAAGGCCAGGUACGUCGGCUGGAGCUAGAGAAGAAUCAACAGAAGCUGCUGCUGGAAAGUCUGCAGCAGCGUUACCAAGAUGACUUGGAACUCAUUGAGAAUGCUCACAGGAACCGUGUAAAGGUGGUUGAGGACUCGUACCGCCAGCGGGAGGAGCGCUUAAGGCAAGAGAACCAGGAACUAGCAGAGCAAUGUCUUUCCCAGUGUCAGAGCGCAGAGCAAGCCAAAUCAGAGCUCUUGGCCCAACACCAGCGCAGGAUCACAGAGAUGGAGCAGGAAAAGGUCAAGGAGAUUGACAGGCUCCAGGAGCUUCAGCGGGUGUCCAUCCUGCAGAUGCACAAGGACCACGAGGAACAACUACAGCGGUUAAAACGACUGAAGGAUCAGGAGAUCGAUGCUGUGACCACUGCCACCUCUUACACCAGGUCUUUGAAUGGCAUCAUUGAGCAGAUGGAGCAAUUCUCUAGCAAUUUGAAUGACCUCUCCAACAAAGUGGAGGCCACUCACCAUACCACCUCAGAAGGGCUUGAGAUUGGUGUUCGCCAAAGAGAGCAACAACACAAGGUGCUGCAAGAUCGUUUGGCCCGUCAACAAAGAGACAUGGAAGAGGAGCGAAACCGGCUGCAAGAGGUCAUCUCUAAAAUGGAGGCCAGGCUGAAUGAGCAAACGCGCCUCCUUGAGCAGGAACGCUGGAGAGCGACAGCAGAGCAGUCUAAAGUGGCAGCUUUACAGCACUCGCUAGAAGAACAGAGGAGAGUCUUGACUCAGCAGCUGGCCAUGGAAAGGGAAGAGCUAGAGAGGGCAAAGAAUGCGUUGCUAGAGGAGCAGAAGUCAGUUAUGCAGAAAUGUGCUGCGGAGCGUCACAGACUUGCUGUGGAAUGGUCAGAGUUCCACACCCAACAGAGGCUAAGCAAGGAGCGCACUGAGCGGGAGGUUGACCGAGCUCUUCAGAUUGACACCCAGAGAGAAGGUGCUAUCAUGAGCCUUGCAAAGGAACAAGCGGACCUGAAAAUUAAAGCCAGUGAGCUGAGAUCCAAGGAGGAGCAGCUUGCUAGAGAACGGGAGAUUCUCGAGCAAGAGAAGCAGCAGCUGAGAUUGGAAAAGGAAAAAGUAAAUGCAGCAGCUUUGCAUAUCAAACAGAGGGCAGAUGAAAUUGACAGUAUGAGUAAGUUAUCCUCGCAGAGGUAUGAGGAGGGAGAACAAGCCCUCCUGGAGGCGAGGAAGGUGGAGUCAGAGCAUCAGACUAGGCUACUGGCUGUGCAGCGGCAGAUGGAACAGCUGAGGCAGCAAGAAGAACAUCUGCACCAGGAGCGCCUAAGUUUGUCACACCAAAGGAGGCAGCUUGAACAACUGCGGGACAGUCUUUCGAGCAACCCACUGCUAUUCCAAACUACACCCCAGAUGCCAUUGCCAGGCACUCAGGCCAAAAUAAUAUCCAAUGUGCAAUAUUUGCCAGUUCCUGCUACUGACUUACCGAAAGUUGACCUAGGCAACUUUGGAGCCUCCCAGGAUCUUCCAGUAACAGGACCUGUAGACCUCUAUGCCAAACUGGUGCUGCAUAAGCUUACAGCUGAUAGGGACAAUGAUUUUUUGGAAGAAGAACGAUUCUUCUUGGAAACUCUGAAGAAAGCUUCCUACAAGACUUCAUCCCAAAUAGCAUGAUGAGAACUGAAUUCCCAGGAUAAUUAGAGUGCAGGAACUUGUAUGAUCAAAUAAAUAUUGCUUGCAAGCAAAA